CACUCAAGAGGGAGGGGAGCAAAAUGACCGAGGUGGUGCCCUGCAGGAUAUAAAUACAGGCAAAUCUCCCCCACAGUCCUCUGAGCGCUAAAGAGGCAGGAGGAGAACCCAGCUCAAGAGACAGCGAAUUCACCACUCACAGGAGCAAGCCAGAGCAAUGUCCCUGGCUGGGGUGAGCUGCCUGGUGACAGGAGCAGGAGGAUUCCUUGGCCAGAGGAUUGUGCGCUUGCUGCUGGAAGAAGAGGAGGCGCUGGCUGAGAUCCGCCUGCUGGACAAAGCCUUCAGCCAUGAAGCCCUCGGCAGGUUUGACAAGUUCAAGGGUAAGACUGAGGUGAAGAUCCUGGAAGGGGACAUCCGAGAUGUGACAUUCCUGCACCGUGCCUGCCAGGGGGUCUCCCUCGUCAUCCACACGGCUUCCCUCAUCGACACCCUGGGCCUCAUCGAGAAGAAGCUGCUCUGGGAAGUCAAUGUAACAGGUACUCAGCUGCUGCUGGAGGCGUGUGUCCGCUGUAACGUCCAGCACUUCAUAUACACCAGCACCAUCGAAGUGACGGGCCCAAACUGCAAAGGUGACCCCAUUUUCAAUGGUGAUGAAGAUACAGCUUAUGAGAGCACACCCAAAUUUCCUUAUGCCCAAAGCAAGAGACUGGCAGAGGAUUCCGUGCUGAAAGCAGACGGCCAGGUGCUGAAGGAUGGUGGCACGCUGAUGACCUGUGCCCUGAGGUCCAUGUACAUCUUUGGGGAAGGCUGCCCGUUUCUCCAGGGCCAUCUGGAUAAGUGCCUGUUGAACAAGAACGUCUACCUGCGCUUCUCCAGGAAGGAGGCUCUGGUGAACCCCGUGUACGUGGGGAACAUCGCCUGGGCACACGUGCAGGCAGCCAAAGCCCUCCGAGCCCCGCAGAAAGCCAAGCACGUCAGGGGCAAGUUCUACUACAUCUCAGAUGACACCCCUCACAUGAGCUACGCUGAUCUGAAUUACGAGCUGACCAAGGACCUGGGGUUUGGAAUUGAGCCCCAGCUGCCCAUGCCUCUGACACUGCUCUAUUACUUCUCGCUGCUGCUGGAGAUCGUGAGCUUCUUGCUCCGGCCCUUUGUCAGAUACAUCCCCUCCACCAACCGGCACCUGGUCACGCUGCUCAACACCCCGUUCACCUUUUCUUACAGGAAAGCACAGCAGGAUUUUGGCUAUGUGCCCCGCUACACGUGGGAAGAGGCCAAGAAGGGCACUGGUGAGUGGAUUGCCUCUGUGAUCCCCCAGAGAAGGGUGUGCUUGCAAAGCAGCACUGCCUAAGCCUGAAGAGGAGCUGAAACCCAACUAAACAAGUAGGGCCUUGAGCCAGAGGAGAGCUGGGGGAGAAGCAGCAGCAUCAGAAAACUAGAAAGCAUUUAAAUGAAUACUUUGUGUAAAAGUCCACUGAAACCCAUCACCCUCAACUUCAUAAUAAAUAAAAGCGAAAUGUUCAUUUGUUUUUUGAGUGCAGGCUGAUGAGGGUAACUGUACUGCACGGUCCACACCCACUUCUACAUCUCUGCAGCACAAAGACUUAUUUUAGUAAGACUCCACACAAUCCACGGUGUGAACACUUCAGCCCUUCUUUCACUCCCCACCACCUCCAAUGCUUCUGUAAAACAGAACUUGUCCUAGAAGUAUGAUUACACUUUACAAACGUGCACCACUCAGCUAUGCCCUGUUCACUCAGUGUUUGCCAACCUCACCAAACAGGCAGCAGGCAAAAGCCACCUGAUGGCAAAAGCUGUAACAGAUCUUGUUCACUUUUCCAAGGGUGUUGUGAAUUUCAUGUUCACCUGACAGUCAAGCUUUGAGCACUGUAAGCAUCGUGAGAUCAAAAGUACAAUAGAAGUGCAAUACAGUUAUAGUUAGGACAGUGUGUGGAGGAAAAAAAGGGACAGAUUCGGUCAGGUAAAUACUUCUUUCUACAUCCUCAUUUUGCAAUAAAUCUGGUGGGUGUCCAGGAGAACAGCUCCAAGAAAAUUAAAGGGAGAAAAAUAUUGCAGGACGGCCUUGGUCACCGAGGGUGACCACUGCAGAGUCAAUGUAUUUGUGAACAAUGAGAAAAAAUAAAGAAUGCUGAAAAAAAUCCUGCUGUUACCACACUUCAGCUGGGAACAAAGGCUAACUUUAGAUGAUAGGUACAGAUGUGCUGCCCCUGUGCUUCUUUGAUGGCCACAUUAUCUUCUGCAGAAUGUGUAAUGUGACUUCUGGGCAAAAAUACAGAUCUUGUCUGAGCAAUCAGGUGUGAUCCAGCUUUUGUUUCUUAAACAUACAUCACACUUGCUGAAAGCAAUUCUAAAAGAGGGGCAUUUCUCUGUUCUGUUUUGGAUAGUGUGAACAGAAACAUUUUACCUGACUCACUACUAAUGUAAAUAAAUCACAUUUCCAGGUAUGCUGACAGCUUGAA